AUGGCGAAUUUUAAGGGUCAUGCACUUCCAGGCAGCUUCUUCCUGCUCUUUGGCCUCUGGUGGUCUGUGAAAUACCCACUGCAGUAUCUCAGCCAGAAAGUAAAUAAAAAAUCCCACAGGGCUUACUGUUUCCAGCGUGUGGAUGCCAUUGAAGGGGGAAUCAAAAUCCUCUUUUCUCUAAUAGGGAUGCUGGCGGAGCAGUUUGUCCCCGAUGGUCCCCACUUGUACCUGUACAGCGGGGAGAAGCACGACUGGGUGAAGCUGAUGAACUGGCAGCACACCACCAUGUACCUCUUCUAUGGACUCUCCGGGGUGGUAGAUGUCUUCACCUACAUCUCCCAGGUGGUGCCGCAGGGUCUGGAUCGCCUCAUGUUGGCCGUGGCCGUGUUCGUUGAAGGUUGUCUCUUCUAUUACCAUGUCCUUCACCGCCCCUUGUUGGAUCAGCACAUCCACUCCCUGCUGCUCAUCACCAUCUUCGCUGGGGCUGGCAGCAUCCUGCUGGAGGUUUUCCUCCGUGACAACAUUGUCCUGGAGAUGUUCCGAGCCCACAUCACCAUCGUCCAGGGAACGUGGUUCUGGCAGAUCGGUGUUGUGCUGUUCCAGCCAUGGGGAGGUCCUGUGUGGGAUGAGAAUGAUCACAGCAACAUCAUGUUCCUCAUGAUGUGCUUCUUCUGGCACUGGGCAGCUGCUGUGGCCAUCCUGGCUGUGAACUACACCCUCGCUUACUGCUGUCUCCAGAGGCUCCGGAGAGGCAGUGGAGAGCCCUACAUCAGCCUGGGGGUCCGGCAGCAGAAGUGUGACAGCAGCUCCCAAGCUGCCUUCUUGAACGGCUCUGAUGAAGAGUGA